AUGGCUUCGGAAUCAGAGCCGUUCCCGGCGCUCGCCACGGGCGCUUCAGAUCGCCAAUUGCCGUCCGAUGAUGCGGGCGCGGCCCGUCGGCGCAGGAAGUCUAGCGCACUGGGAGAGAUGCGAUUUGGCGACACGGGUGGGCCGGCCUUGUCCACCAGCACCGGCCUUGCGCAUCUCCAUGGUACCAAGGAGUCCAAGGACGCCGGCGCACCGCCGAGCAAGCGCUUCACCAAGCGGCGCAAGGCCCGGUCCGCCCUCCGCCGCAUCAAGAACUUCGCCUUCAAGCAUACUUGGCUGCUCCCGUUGGUGAUAAUGGUGGUUGUCCUGUCGCUCUACGCCCUCAACCCGACCGAGAGCAACCCGCUCCACCGCUUUAUCUUCCUGUCGUACGAGAUUCCUAGCUCGAGCUCCAACGGCGGCCUCACCCAGUACGGCAAAGGACGCUGGGAUUUCGCCUUUGUCGCCUUCUACACGGUUGUGCUGUCGUUCACGCGUGAGCUCGUCAUGCAGGAGAUGUUGCGGCCUCUCGCGCGUUACUACGGCUUGCGGUCGCGCGGGAAGCAGGCUCGCUUCAUGGAGCAGAUGUACACGGCCGUCUACUUUGGCGUCCUCGGUCCCGCCGGGAUGUACGUCAUGAGCCGCACGCCCGUCUGGUACUUCAACACGUACGGCAUGUACGAGAAUUUCCCCCACAAGACGCACGAGGCCGUCUUCAAGACCUACUACCUCAUCCAGGCCGCCUACUGGGCCCAGCAGGCCAUUGUGCUGCUUCUCGGCGUCGAGAAGCCCCGCAAGGACUUCAAGGAGUUUGUCGGCCACCAUGUCGUCACCCUCUCCCUCAUCUACCUGAGCUACCGCUUCCACUUCACCUAUAUUGGUCUGGCUGUCUACAUCACCCACGACAUUAGCGACUUCUUUUUGGCCUCGUCCAAGUCGCUCAACUACGUUGACUCGUCCAUAAUGGCCCCCUUCUACGCUUUCUUCGUGUUCGUGUGGAUCUACAUGCGCCACUACCUCAACCUGCGCAUCAUCUUCAGCCUCUUCACUGAGUUCAAGACGGUCGGCCCCUACGAGAUCAACUGGGAGACGCAGCAGUACAAGUCGCCCCUCGCCUUCUGGGUCACGCUCGGCCUGCUAGGCUCGCUGCAGGCCCUCAACUUGUUCUGGCUGUUCUUCAUCGUGCGCAUCGGCUACCGCUUUGCCGUGACAAACGUUGCCAAGGACGACAGGAGCGACGCCGAGGAUUCCGAGGUCGAGGACGAGCCCGUUGACACCAAGACCAAGACCUACGCCACAGCCGCAGCCCUCGACGGUAAGGCCGCCGCUCAGCUCGAGGAUGAGCACAACAGCGCCCUCGAGCGCAAGCACCAAGCCGCCAACGGCCAUGCCGGUGCUGCUGCUGUAAAUGGCAAGGCCAAGGUCUCUGCCUCGGCCAAGUCGGUCAGCAAGAAGGCCAGCCGGUAA